GUCUCAUGCGUUCCAUGAAUUUCCCUGUUUUGUAAGAGCGACGACUUUUCAACUUUUUAAUUUCGGGUAAAAAGGGCGUUUUUGCUGCACUUUCCGCAAAUUUUUCACACUUUUCAUCAUCGUAGCUCCGCAACUUGCGCCGUACAUUAGUUAGAAAUGGCAGAUUUAGACGAUUUCUUCGCCAAAAAGGACAAGAAACGGAAUGCAAAAAAGAAAUUUACGACAUCAGAGGAUUUAGUGAAAAAAUUGGAGAAAGCCGAGGAGAAACCGAAGAAGGAGCGUCCCGUCGAACAAGAAGGCGAUGCAACUCAACCGGAGGAAGAUGAAUGGAAAGAGGUCGAAGAGGAACAAAGUAGAGACUAUACGGGACUCAAAAUCGGGCAACUCACGAUAGCAGACGACGACACGGACGGGUAUGGCGACGAUGGCGAAGGCGGAAGUCAAGAAGGCGAAAACGGCAUGAGUCUCGCAGGACAAAAGGGCGUGUGGAAGGCGGGCGGCGCCGAUGCCGGAACAGAAGCUCAACCAAAAACUGCCGCUGAACCCGUUUCCAAGGUUUACAUUUCGCCAGCUCUCAAGGCAGCGCGAUUACGCAAAGGAGUCGCUCCAGAUCUGAGUAACAAGGAAUAUUUCCCGACGCUCGGCGACAAACCCGAAAAGGCAGGCAACAAAAAGGGCUUCGAGGAAAUUAAACAUGGCGCUCGACCAGCAACGAAACAAGUAGGAAAUGCUCCCGUCUCUGUGGAAAAUCGUUUUAAUACGCUGUCAGACAGCUAGGACUGAUAAUUCAAGCAAAAACAACUUUUUUUAAAUGAACUCGGGAAUCAUUCAAUUUUUUUAUAUGAAAAAAAAAAAAAUAA